AUGACCAUCACCAACGUAGCCCUCAUCGGCGGCACAGGUACACUCGGCGCACCUGUUCUCCACGCGCUCAAAACCUCCGAGUUCGACAUCUUCGUCCUCAAUCGCCAAACAUCCAAAUCCGUCUACCCCAAAACAAAAGUCAUCACCAUCCCCGAUGAUCUAAACGUCGACGGUGUGGCCAAAGUACUGCGGAAGAACAAGAUCGACGCCCUCGUCAUCACCAUUGCAGGCAGCCAUGUCGAGUCGCAAAAGAAGCUCAUCGAUGCCGCGUUCAAAGCCGGCGUGAAGCGCGUGAUGCCCGCUGAGUUCGGCAGCUGCGACUCUGCGGAUGACAAGACGAACGAGAUUCUGCCGCUAAUGAAGGGCAAGAAAGACGUUCGGGAUUACCUUUUAACAUUGGAGGGGAAGGAGCGUGAAGACGGCAUGGGCAAGCUUACCUGGACAAGUCUCGUCACAGGCCACUUCUUCGACUGGGGAAUGACAUGCGGGCUACUGAAGUUCGACGUCAAGGCUCGCAAAGCAUACAUCCUCGACGGCGGCAAUAUCAAGUUCUCCGCCUCAAACCUGGAUUUCAUCGGCAAAGCUGUCAUCAAGAUCCUGGAGAAGCCAGACGAGACUGCGAACAAGCUGCUUUACGUCCACAGCCACCAUGUCACGCAACUCGAGGUUCUUGCCGCGCUGGAGAAGGCUACAGGCGACAAGUUCGAGCGCAUCGAUCAGAAUAGCAAGGAAGAGCUGGAUGUUUCUCGGCCGAAGAUGCUGAGUGGAGAUGGUGAGGCGAGGGAGGAGGUUGUCGCAGUGUGGGGUGUUGUUGCAGCGGACUGGAAAGAGAAGGAAGGCUUUGCAAAUGAUCUGCUAGGGCUGCAAGAGGAAGAUCUCGAUGAAGUCGUACGAAGGGUUGUGGCGGAGUUGUGA